GCGUAGCAGAUAACGACAAGGUCAAUUCCGUAAAUCUCGACAACGGACUUUCCGACAAGCAGCUUCUUUACUCUCUCUCUCUCUCUCUCUCUCUCUCUCUCUCUGAUUCCUUUAAGCUGUUGCAGAUAGUUUGCAUUCUCACUCUUUGUCUGAACAAAACACAAACUUUAAUGUUAGAUCUGUCUUUUACGUCGCUACGAAGUCUUCUUUCCUUCCUCCACAUACCUUACUCACUAUCACAUCAAAGCCCUAAACAACACUUCUUCUUCUUCUCCUUCUUUCACUCGAGAUCUCAAAAUCAAAAUGUCGUCUCCCAAGCCAUACACCAAGCAUACUUCUCCUCCGCGAAGCACCGCCGCCGCUACGCCGCCGUCUGUGUCCGUCUCCCCCACCGGUGGAGGAUUCUUCUCUAAUAAGUCUGUCCUACUCGGUAUGUUCCUCCUCGCCUUGCCGUUGUUCCCUUCUCAGGCUCCCGAUUUCGUCGGAGAGACGGUUCUCACCAAGCUCUGGGAACUGAUUCAUCUCCUGUUCGUCGGCAUUGCCGUCGCUUACGGUUUGUUUAGCCGUAGGAAUGUCGAAUCAAAUGUGGAGUUAAGGAGGAGUGGUGUAGAUGAUGAGUCUUCCUUGUCAUACGUGUCUAGAAUCCUCCAGGUUCCCUCUGUUUUCGACGAGGAGGAGGAGUUGGAGAAUCCAUGUAGUUUUGUUGAUGUGAGUGGUCGAGCUUCUGCGGUGGUGAAAGAGAUGAAUAAGUCUGAUUCCUUCGCUGUGGAUGAAUCUUUGUCUGAAUAUGGUGAGAUCAAUCAAGUGCAAGCUUGGAACUCGCAGUAUGUUCAAGGAAGGUCUAAGGUUGUGGUUGCUCGACCAGCUUAUGGUCUUGAUGGUCACCACGUUGUGCACCAGUCACUAGGCUUGCCGGUUAGGAGUUUAAGGUCGGCUCUUGAGGACAAGGAGAAAGCUGAGGAGGAUGAGUCAUUGGCUGCUGAUAAUGAUGAGGUCAUGGCUGCUGCUGCUCCGUCUUCUUCUCCAUGGCAUUCUAGUCCUGAGAUGAUGGGAACGGCAGACGAUGAAACCCGGUUUACGACCCGGUCUAGUGUUUCUUCUUCUUCUUCAUCAAAAACUAGCUUUGAGUCACAUGAUCAGAAGAACAGAUACUCGCCUUCUCGUUCUGUCUCCGGAGAGUCUUUAGACUCUAACGUGGAGGAAAAGAGUCAUCAAGGUUCAUCACGGUCUAGCUCGCCAUCAUUGCCACCAUCACCACCACUGUCUCCAUCUCCUGAUGAUACUCACAGGCGUGUCUUACAGUCUAGGCAUUAUUACAGUGAUGGUUCUUUGUUAGGAUGUGAAGAUAAACUAGAGGGAUCUGAAUCAGGGAAGAACAAGUCUCGCAGAUCUUAUCCUCCUGAUGGUGCUGAUCAUUCCACUACUAGUAGAAGACGGUAUCUUCAGCAGAAGAGUGAUAGCCAUCUGUUUGAGAAACGAUUAGAGUCUGACCAUAACAAGGUGAGUGUCAAGAAGGUGCGGAGCCACGACUCUUUUGAGUUCCAACCAAGGCGUGCAAUGCUUUCUUCACGAGGGGGCAGCGACACUUUGGUGGUGAAAGACAGCAAAAGAAACUCUGCGGAUGAUGAUGAUGUCGACUCUGAGGAUUAUGAUCUUCCUGGUGAGGAGAACAAGGAAGUGAUACCAAACAGUCCGCAAUCUUGGAGAAGUUCUAGCAAAGUUUCAUCUAGAGGAAAGUCAGUGAGGACCAUAAGAUCUGACCGCAACCAUGGUGAUUCAUCUGAUGACAGAGGGGAAAGCCAUGGAAGAACAAAACCAAGAAGACAAUGGCAACAAGAACUAGCAAUAGUACUACACCAGGAGAAGCAGCAUUCAGAGCCUGAAGAUGAUGCGGAAGAGACCGAGACCGAGGCUGUGCAACCUCAAGAAACCUUGGAGGAGGAAGAAGAAGAAGAAGAAGAAGAAGUUGUUGCUUGGGAAAGCCAGAGCAAUGUAAGCAAUGAGCAUUACGAAGUUGAUAGAAAGGCUGAUGAGUUCAUAGCCAAGUUCAGAGAACAGAUUAGAUUGCAGAAACUUCAUUCUGGUGAGCAACGUAGAGGAGGUGGCACUGGCGUUAUCAGGAACCGCCAUUUCAGAUGAUACUACUACACUCACAAUUGCUUCAUUCACUUUGUAUUAUUUUGAUGUAAUAAUUGUUUACAGUCAUUGUUGAUGAGAAUCUUGAGUUCUCUCUGUUUGAGAUUUAUAUUGUUGAAUAAAAUGAAUUUUUUUUUAAUGAAUAA